CCAAAAAUGGGCCGAGAACAGGCCAAUAUUCAUUUCGUCCACUUUUUUGCUUCCAUUCAAUCACUCGUACACUCUUCCUUCUUUCUUCCCCAACUUUCUAAAUUAAACCUAGUCCACAACUCAAUUUCCCCAAAUUAACACUAACAAUUUCCAGAAAACCCAUUAAUUUUCUGUCAUCAAAUUUCAAUCAUCAAUGGGAUUUCAUUCAAAUCCCUAAUUUAUACCUGCAAUUUCUGGGUAAAAUUUGUUUUUGAGGAGUGACAAUGUCGUUGAGGAUUAAAUCAGUGGUUGAUAAGUUUGUUCAAGAAUUAAAGGAAGCUUUGGAAGCUGAUAUUCAAGAUCGAAUUAUGAAGGAGAGAGAAAUGCAGAGUUACAUUGAAGAACGUGAACGUGAAGUCGCUGAACGUGAAGCUGCUUGGAAAGCUGAAUUAUCUCGUCGAGAGGCCGAGAUUGCUCGUCAAGAAGCAAGACUAAAGAUGGAAAGAGAGAAUCUGGAGAAAGAGAAAAGUGUUCUCAUGGGAACUGCAUCAAAUCAAGAUAACCAGGAUGGAGCACUUGAGAUCACUGUCAGUGGGGAGAAAUAUCGAUGCUUGAGGUUCUCAAAGGCUAAGAAAUGAUUGCUAUUGGCUUCAGCUUACUUGCCUCAGUAGCUGCAAUCUCGGCGAAACUUUGCUCUGUAUGCUGCUUUCAGAGUAACUGUGUAUGCAUCUAUGUGCAGAGCAAGUUUAUAUUCAUUUCAAUUAAUUGUUUUUGUACAUGGUAGCUUAUAAUUGCAAUAGGAACUACAUAUACGUCUCUGUGGUAUAUGGUUAUUCAGCAAUUGAAAGAUGACCUGCACUUACCAGAAGCAAAAGAUUUUGAAUUUUUUUUUU